AUGGCGGCAACCCCACUGGCCGCUUACGAUAACAGCUAUCCAGAGCAGGAACCGGAAAUAGACAGUGAACAAGAUGCUGAAGGAGACGAGGACCCCGAAUUUUAUGAUGCGACUGCGCACGUUGGAAUAAUCAUGACAAAUGAAGACUUGGAUGCGAAUGGUGAUGGAGCAUACCAUGGAAAAGUGGAAGGUGAAAACGAGGGACCUGCGGAUGAGAAAGAUCCCAGCUUAAUAGACGAUGAGAACGAGCCUGAGGAAAAACUAGACCACCUUACUGCGGCUCCCGAAAGUGCCAGCGAUGCAGGAAAAUCAGCGAGUGACGCAGACGAAAUGGAUGCGGAGUUCGAAGAGCUUUCAAACGAAAGCAAUGCAGUUGGCAGCGAGGUGUCCUCCGAAACUGACUCUGAAGUCGAAGAAGAAUGGGAAGCUGAGAGCAACGAACAGGAAGAUGCUGAUACAGAUCCCCCUGUUGAAAAUAAUUGCAUUGUUUGUAAAGAAGACGAAGAACACGAUCCAAGUGAAGUGUUUGAAGAACCAUUAAUAUGCGACAUUUGUGGUGUUCAUUGCGCUGAUAAAUGGAGAUGUCCACUAUGUAAAGUUAAGGAAUCCCCAGCAAACACAAGGAACUCCUCAACUGCUCGUCGAAAAUCUGCAGUUUCUAGCAUUACAAAAGACCUGCUCCCAGCGGACAAUGAUACCCAGGAUGUUAACUCCCACUCAGUUUUCAGCUCCUUAAUUGUCGAAGAUGAUCCACUAGAUGGCUCCCGCUCUUUGAGAAAAAGGAAAUCAUCAUCUGAUGAGGCUGAGAAUAGACGCACAACCACACGGAAACGACAGAAAGUAUCGCCUCCUCCACACGGAGAUGCGUUACCAACAACCACGAGGGCCAGUGGGAGUCGUUCGCGUGCCACAAGCCAGAACCAGUUUGCUGACAACGAUGUCACAACCACCUACGAUAGCCGGGCAUCUCGCCAAAGGAGAACAAGGAAUGCGCAGAAGAACUACUGCAGUGUGGUGCAAAAGCAGGAAGGUCGAAUGAUAUUGUCAUUCAACCUCGACCAAGAAAAACUUCAAAAGAUACUCAACAGCAAACCAAGGCCGAAGAGCCAGCGUCGCAGGCCUUUACCAAAACCUGCUACUCUGCCCGAACCUCCCGUAUCACAUUUUGCGCCGACAAACCCUACCCCAUACGCAGCCCCCUUUUAUUCUUUCCACGACCGAGAAAAUGAUGAACUCAAAUCAAAACCUUAUGGUGGAAUUCUAUCAGAAGCUGACGCUGAUACAUCUCGAACCGUACCCCUUUCAACAGAUAGAGAUAAGUUUGAGGCCGCCCGCCAAAAGGCUGAAGAGGAAUGGCGACAAAAAAUGAUCUCAAAUGAGGAAGACUCGGAUAGUGCGCUUCGCUCUUCCCAGAAACUGUCUGGGCCACCAAGCAAGAUCAAAUACAUCAAUUUCGGUGGAUUUGAGAUUGAAACAUGGUAUGCAGCGCCAUAUCCUGAAGAAUACAGCCGGAACCGUGUUCUAUAUAUAUGCGAAUUUUGCCUCAAGUACAUGAAUUCAGAUUUCGUUGCAUGGCGACAUAAACUCAAAUGUCCCGCAAAGCACCCUCCCGGCGACGAGAUAUAUCGUGAGGGCUCAGUCUCGAUAUUCGAAGUGGACGGGCGGAAAAACCCCGUCUACUGCCAAAACCUCUGUUUACUGGCAAAACUUUUCCUAGGGUCAAAAACACUCUAUUAUGAUGUCGAACCAUUCUUGUUCUACGUAAUGACAGAAUAUGAUGAAUGGGGUUGUCAUUUUGUUGGGUAUUUCAGCAAGGAGAAGAGGCCUAGUUCCUCUAACAACGUCUCCUGUAUCCUAACACUUCCAAUCCACCAGAGGAAAGGCUACGGAAACCUUUUGAUUGACUUUUCCUAUCUUCUUACCCGCCUAGAAGGAAGGACAGGUUCACCAGAGAAACCGCUGUCCGACAUGGGCCUGGUUUCCUAUCGCAAUUAUUGGCGACUCGUUCUAUGUUAUAAAUUCCGGAACCAGAAAUCACCGACAAGCAUCACAGCAAUAUCAGAACAGACUGGUAUGACACCUGACGAUGUUAUAUCUGCCUUGGAAGGGCUGAGUGCUCUUGUUCGUGACCCUGUUACAAAGACCUAUGCACUUCGCUUAGACUAUGACUUCUUUGAGAAGUAUAUAGAAUCUUGGGAGAAGAAGGGUUAUGUUAAGCUAAAUCCGAAUUCUCUGGUCUGGACACCGUAUAUAAUGGGCCGAAGCAAUAAGUCUCAUUAUGAUCAUGCUCCUAUUCAUACCGUUGCUCCUCGGGAGGAUCAUCCGGAGGCCGAUGAACCAACUGCUCCAGUAAACGGCGGAGCUAUGCCCAACAACUCCUACGGCCUUGGGAUUAGUGCAAGUGAUGUGGAUACAGCUAACAGUGCGACGGGAAGUGGUGUUGAUGCUUCCAAUAGUAACGGACAGGGCUUCUCCAAAGUUUCGCCGUCAUUAUUUGACGCCCCUGGACCGCCUUCCACCAGCGCGUUAUCCUUUGCUGAUGUCAUGGCCAAACAAGCUCCUAGUAUCAAUGGCCGUCAAUCGUCCUCUACUCCUUCGAAUCCUGCUUUUGGUAUUCCAGCCACGAGAUUCGAGAUUUUCCCGCCACCUCAGGGGAUCAGCAGCGGUACUCCUACCGUGAAACGUCGGCCAGGCCGACCAUUUGGAACCCGAAAGAAGGUCCGCUCCACUGCUCAAUCUCCAGCAAGGACAAGCGGACAGAAUACGCCAAAGAAGAACAAGCCCUUGCGCUUAGGUACUCCUUCCACUUCGACUCGACCGCUACGGUUCAGCGUUCGACGAGCAAGGAGUAGCAGAUUAAGUGACAACCCGGAUACGAAGCAUGACACCGAUCCCGAAAGCCCCGGCGGGACGAAACGGUUCCAUGAUUCUACUUUGUUCCCUACAAAUCAACUAGAAAUCAACGGUUCUGCUGAAAACCAGCAGAAGGACCAGGAGACCCAUACCAGCGAUAUACCAGAGUCGAUGGAGAUCGAUCGACAACUUCUUAAUGGCAUUGAAGACGAUGCGCGCAACCACGAACUGAGGCUACCGAAUGAUGCGAAUAGGAAGGUAUCGGAGCUCACGAAUGGCCUAACGCCCCCGAUGGAUGGCACCACGCAAACCGCCAUCACCCGCAGAGGAGCAGAUAAUCUUGACAAACCCAACACAAACGGGCAUCCCGAUUCCGGUUCAGAAAACAUUCCAGUUCAAUGCUAA